AUGGUCACAAUAAAGACAAGUAUUCUCUUCGUAAAAAUUGUCGGAUCUAUUAAGGAACACAUCAAAAUGUCUUCUGCUCAUGGCCAAAGGUCAUACCUAACUGACACCUUACCACAUAAGAUACCAAAUAUUAAUCAGACUAGUUAUUCUUCUCCACCCCAGUGGAAUCAACCUAAGUCACAGACUAGGUUCAGCAAAACUAGACGUCCACGAUUUACCAACAAUUCUAAGCCUCAUCGUAACUUUAAACACGUUUCCAAGCGUCGUAGCUACCAGAAUUCCAGCCGGAAUCAAUCCAAUCAGCGUAAUACACGUUACAAAGGCUCUUCAAAUAUAUCAGGUCAGGGUCACGAUAACGCCACAUCAAAGGCUCCCAAGCCAGGUGUUCACCAGGUACAACAUAUUGAAGAGGAGGAACAGCCCACUUCAGGUCCUUCAGUGAUCCCUCCGCACAAUUUGCACCAUUUUGAGAUGAACUCAAAGAAGUGUCGGUGA